AAUGAGAAUAAAAUGGCCUCCAGCCCUCUGUCUCUAGUAAUAAUCUUGUUUAUUUGCAGUUUAGCCAUUGAUUCUUCACUCAGUGUAAAAGUCAAGGUCGAGCCCUCAGGAUUGCCACUACAGAAGUAUGUUGGAGACACACUCACUCUGACGUGCUCAGUUAAUUAUGAGAAGGAAGAAGAAUCCAAAUUCAAGAUGAAUUGGGUUAUUCCAACAAAUGCACAAGAACGAGUGUACCUGGACGAAGAUGCUGGGCGAGCCAGAGUAACUGUUAUAGACUUGGAGGAGACUGAUGGAGGGAACUACACCUGUGGGGUUGAGGCUGAGCCUGAUGCGCCAGUGAAAACAAUAGUGUAUGUUGUUAUUUUGCCGCGUGGACAGGUGUCUCAUUGCUCCGCUGAUGCAUUCAGUUGUGCCACCGGACACUGUAUUUCUCCUCGCUACAAAUGUGACAGUCGCCCUGACUGUCCUGAUGGCUCUGAUGAAGUUCAGGAGCACUGUGGAGUUGAUCCUUGCAUAGAUAAGCUUGCCUGUGAAGAUGGACGUUGUCUAGCUCACAAAAUGUGUUGCCGAGAACGAGACCUCUCUCCACCAAAUUGCACCAUAAUGGCUACAAUACAGUGUUGUAGACAACUUGUGCAUCCUGCCCUUCUGGAUCAGGAUCUGUAUUAUUGGGAAGCAAAGCCAAGUCUUCACCAACAGUGGAACAACCAACCAGAUUCUACACUUGUUAUGGGAUGUAUUGUCGCAGUUGCAAACUUGGUAACAGUUGCAAUUAUUGUGGGAGUGCGAUACCAUCUGUGGCGCUCAAAUGGGACCUCCUCUCGUGCCCACUAUCAUUUGAAUCGACUAAGGUCUGCAACUCUCCGUCCAUUUGGUCUGGGCUCCUCUGUCUCCCCACCAUCAACCACAGAUCAGUAUCAGCUGAGGUCAGCAGAUAGCAUUUACUCAAGAAGAAUUCCAGGUUUGCGUUCUGAUUUACUAGCUCCAGAAAUCGUGCGUGAGCAGCGCCAGCAAUACACACGUCAGCAGCGGCCAUUUAGUGGAGGAGUUGUCUUGUGCCCUCCUUCAAAUUCUCAACCUCCACAUUACUCUCAGCUUCCAGUUACUCCUUCAGGUCCACCUCCCUCUUAUCAUCAGGUUGUCGGAGCACCGCCCCCUCCAUACUCUUCUCGUGAUGAUCUUACCGUACCAAACUCUAGCGAAGGUUCGUCUCUCUCCUUGCUGUCGCCACUCCUCAACAAUGCCAAUACCAAUAUUAACAACAAUGGAGACAUCAAUGGUAACAAUACACCACACCUAACAGUGGUACAUAACCAUAACAUAAGUCAUGCUACAGCCUCCACAUCACAUUCCUCGCGUCACACAGGCCCACAGACUCGAGGUAAUAAGUAAAAUCCUAUUGUAAAGGAUUCUCAUGCUCUUGUUUGCUUUAAAAUGUAUAUGUUAUUGUGAAAGCAAACUGUAGCAGCUGUGUGUACAAGAAAAUUUUAAUUAGUCACUUUUGAUAAUGCAAAAAAUUAGACUUGAAACUUGAGGUCAUCAAUACUUUGUUAGCAUAGGUAUAUGUCAUGAUACCUUAACUGAAGGUUAAAUUUAUCAAUACAGACAAAAUAAAUUGUAAAUAUAUCACCCAGUCAGUUUAAAUAGGCUUUGGUAAGCUAAUAUAGGUCCAUUACAGUGUCCCUUUCCCCAUACAAAAUGCAACGAGCAAAAUAGAAUGCUAUGACUGGUAGUAAUAAAUAAUAGAUUAAGACGUAAUUUAGAUCUGUGUCUGUGUAAUGAAAAAAAUAUUUUCUGUAUGUAAUGUGCAGUAUAAAUAUAAUUUGGGACGUUGCCAUAAAAUGAGUAAGCAAAAAAAUCUUUUAAAUCUGCUAUGGACACUGGUACUGUAUUACAGUACUUUGAUAAUACUAUUUACAUUCAGUUCUUCCAUCAAUUUUUAUUACUACUUAUUAUAUACUGAGUGCCAAAUGAUAAUAUUUGUAAGAAAUUUUGUAUAUUACGUACAUAAAAUUGAAAGAGAGAAUGGUUGUUAUAUCUGAAUGUAGAAUCUCCCAAAGUAUCUUAUUGUACACAUGGGAAGCUAUCUCAGUCAAGUGCAUAUAUAAUAUAUGCUUUACUACUCUUUUAUAAUGAUGGAUUAUAUUUUAAGCAAAAUAUUAAUGAAUAAUAGCUGAAAUUAGGAUGUUUAAAACUCUGGUGAUGGUGUUUUUCUCAAUAUUCUUCACUCCUUAUUGUAACUAAUCUUUACUAGAUCUUUAAGUUUCCAAACAUUUCUUAUGUGAAAAUAGAAUUUAUAUGGCAGUAAUUACCAGUAGAUGCUGUUAAAAAGUGAAGAAUUGGGCAAGAUAUUUUUCUGGAAAACUGUUUAUCGUUUUAUAAGUUAAGAGUCAUUGCAUUGUGUAUGAGAGAGAUUACCUGUUUGUGAUAACUUGUUCAUAAUUACAGGAGCAGCUUUAUGUGUGGUGUCCCACCUUCAUUGUUUACUUAGUCAUAUAAUUCCUAACUUUCCAGCAGAUGUAACACACUCACCUUAACUGGGUCCCAUUCCUGGAUUCUGCUAGUGUUUGCAAAAGAAAAAGCUUUCUAGUAUUUUUUUUAGGCACUACAUUUUUCUUGAUUUGUAAUUGAGAUACUGAGAAGAAAACUGAUAAACGUGUCAGCGAGUGUUUUUUUUUUUUUUUUUUUUUUUUUUUUUUUUUUUUUUUUUUUUUUUUUUUUGUCACACCGGCCAUAUCUCACUGAGGCAGGGUGACCUAAAAAGAAAACAGAACAUUUUUCUCUUUAAAUUUAAUCAUUUAUACAGGAGAGCGGGGUUGCUAGCCCUUUGCUCCCUGCAUUUUAGUUGCCUCUUGCGAUAUGCAUGGCUUAUGGAGGAAAAAUUCUUUUCCACUUACCCAUAGAGAAUAUUGCAUUUUCUAUACUAAAAUGUUAAUCAUUCUUAUAAGUAUCAUAAUACAUCACUCAGAUUGGCAGGUUCAUCACUUUCUACCUUACCUUUCCUAUACACAAUAAAGGGAUGUUUGACCAUACGAUCAUGCACAAAAAUAGUGAGUUGGCUCCCUGGAAAACUGAUGAACUUACAUACCACCUUAAAGAUUGUUAAAUUUGUUUAACAGUGAGACUAGUUUGAUCAAAGUUGUAUGGUUGGUCAUGGAGAUAUUGUUGCAAACAUGCUGCACAUGUUCGUAGGCGAUCUUCUCGAAAGUGUCAUUUGGCAAGUUCGUUGGUUUUCUUCUAAGCUCCUCAAUUGUGGCCUCUUGUUCUAGUUUAUGAUGCUAAGAAAUCAUCUUUGUCUAUUUUUGGCCCUGAAAGCCAUUUUGUAGUGUGUUUGCACCUUCAUUUUAUAUACAUGUUUAUUUUAAGGUUCAAGCACCACACUUACUAUCUGCAUAUUCCAAUUUAGAACAUUUGAACAUUUUUUUUUAGUGCUGUAUUUUAUCAUUCAUGUAUCUGAGGACUAUUUUAAUGUGUGCAAGUGUAGCAUGAGUUUAUCACUACUUUAUAUAUAGUCUUUUCUCUGCGGGUGACAGUAUUUUGGCUAGAAUUGCUCUUAGAUCUCUGUAUUUGAUACUUUCGGUAUUUUAUCACAAUCUUAGAUACAGGUACAGUACUUCGUCUGGACUGUACAUUGGUUUUUUCCUAUUGCCAUCAUUUCUAUCUUUCAAUAAAUUAUGUUAUACCUUGUUAACUCCAUUUAUUUGAUAUAUUAUUCUUAUAGGGCUUGUAGUAAUUUUAUUAGUUAUUUUGCAUGUAUAUAAUCAUGCCUAUGUAUGAAAGGUAUACACCAGUUUUGAUGCACUAACAUGUAUACAUGUGUUAAUGUAUGUAUACUUGCCUCUUUGGGUAAUAAUUUAUUUGUAUUUACAGGAGUAGAGCAAUGCAUAUAGUGUCACAAUUGAACUAAUUUUUAAUGUAUAUAUUUUUUUAUCAUCUUGAGUGUUUGUGGCCUGCAUACAUUCGAGUUCAUUCCAGCUAUCCUGCCAGUUUUAUUAAGGAAAAUCUUUCAUAGUCAUUGUACCACAGCCGUAUCUAUUUUAGUUUUUUGUCUAAACUAUAUUGUAGAAAAAUUAUUCAGCAUUUUCCUGUCCAUAAAUUAGAUGGUUAUCUUCAUAUUUACCAGCGAUAUUUAUGAUUCUUUUCACUGGUAAUUAUAUUUUGUGGUUCUCUAAUGAUUUGUUGUCAAUUACCCCAGGAACUUUUCUUUGCAUGUGUUUUCUAAACUUAUAAUCUAUACCCUAUCAGUUCUUCUGAGUAUUUUGUAUGUUAUGUCUCCCCUGGUUCUUCUGUCCUCCAAUAUUUGCAGGUUUAACUUCUUUAGUCUCUCCUCAUAACUCAUGCCCCUUAGCUCUGGAACAAACCUUGUUAUAUAUUGAAAAAUACACAUGAUAUCAGUCAUAAAAAACGUCUCAACCACAAAUGGCGUGUGCAUUUCCAUUCAGUUAUUUACUUUAUUAUGUGUUCAUCUUUAAGUUUUAUUUUCACGUGCCCACUGCAGCUCAUCCUCCUAAUAAACAUCAGUAUAUCACUUUGGCUAAGAAUGUCAAAAUGUGACUGUGACACUUGAAUGAAACUGUGAUUAUUUGAUAUUAGAUUGUAACAUGUGCUCAUUGGGUCCUCGAUUUUCUGUUCACGCUGAAAAACUUUUUUAUCGAUCUUAUGUAUUAUUAUAUUUAUUACCAUUAUGAUAUGUUAUAGUUAAAUUAUAACAUUAUAGAGGACACUAACCUAACUUAACAUAGCCUAACCUAACUUAAAUGACAUGUAUUGUGAAAUUUGCUCAUAAUUGUAUGUAAGCAGCAGUCGACGUUUGCUUUAGGAGAAUGGCUUAUCCGCUAACAUGCUUGUUUUGUUCUUAACCUGCUGGAAGCAAGCUUCCCAGUUGAUCAGAGACCAUGAUUAGAUCAUGGAGAAUUUAUCUUAUACCACUCCUUGUGCUAAAUGACUCGUGUGGAUAUAGCACUUCAUAAAAUAUGAUGUACUGUACAGUAGAUCCCCACUCAUAACAUCAGAGUUUUUUUUUUUUUUUUUCAGAAAAAAAUUGUAAGUCAGUUGUUUGGGACUAGGAGCCUGUUUUCUCAUACUAACCCUUGUUAUAAUCAGAGAUGCAUUCCUGAGCCAUUAUGUUUCAUAUCUUAAUUUCAUUUAUUUUUUAAUUAAGAAUAUUUACCAAUAUUUUACAUUCAAUAUUAGACAUUUUGUUCCAAUUGUGUCAUUAUGAUAUUGCCUGUAAUAAUACGUACGAUUAUCUCUUGAAUGUCCAUCAUUAAUUUUAGAAAAAAUUGCACCAACUAAUGGUAUAAGCAGCCUCAAGUCUUAAACCAUUUGACAUACAAUUAUGUUUAAAUUUUUCAUUGGUUCCUAUUCUCAUGUUUAUACUUCUUUGCUCAAAUAAUGGCUAACUUGAAGACAUUUUCUAUAUCAUAUGCUUAUGAUAUGUCAUCCCCCCCAAAAUUUCCCUCUGAGGAUUCAGAGUACAUUAUUGACAUUAAGAAUUCAUUUUGCAUCGCUAUGUGACGCAUCUGCAAUAGGUGAAGAAGUAAGACAUUUGUGCCACAUUUGAAAUCUAAAUAAAGAUUCACAAAUGUCUCAUUUUUUCAACUUGUCAGUUUUCUAAACCAUUUAUAUCAUAUCUACAAAAGUGAUUGGUGAAUCUCCACAAAGCACAACAGUGUCCCCUUGGUGUAUAAACCAUCAAUGUUGCAAGUUACAUUUUACAGCUAGUUUAAGUUAUGAGUGCAGCGUGAUGCCCAAGGCCAAGCAAUGUCUGACAAGGCAUUGAUGCCUGAUCGUAAGUAUUUUCUCAUCAACUUACAUUUUACUGGGAAUCUAGUAGUAUUUUUUAUUGCCAUUUUGUUUGAAUAGUUUGUGUAACUUUUGUUGUUGUUAUUGUUGCUUGAUGUCUUUAUUAUGCCCCUCAUACCCAUCCUAUGGGUGGGCACAAAAUGGGUCGAGGGACUGGGUUCUUAACAUUUGUGUUUACCAAGCAAGUUAAAAUAGUAAUGAACAAUUUACAAAAGUUAUUGAAUUCAAAACAAAGUAAUGAAUAUUUUCAUGAAUUUAGUCACAAAACAUAACAUUGUAAUGUAAUAAUGAUGUAAUAUGGUUUUGCUUUAUUAACAGUUGCUCUCUCCUUGACCUUACAAUGUGUAUGGUCAGGGAGAGAGCAAGAAAAGCAAAUUAGUUCUAUCAGUUGUACAAAAGUUGAAAAAUAGUGACAUUGUGUGUCUGCCAUGAUAGUACAUGCAGUGAUAUGAUACACUUUUUUUUUAACACACUGGCCGUCUCCCACCAAACCAGGGUGACCCGAAAAAGAAACACUUUCACCAUCAUUCACACUAUCACUGUCUUGCCAGAGGUGUGCAGAUAUGACAAUUAAGAUGUCACUCCAAACUGCAAAUAUCCCAAGCCCUCCCCCCUUCCGAGUGCAGCUAAUACGUAAUAUGGUUUCUGUGAUGCUUAUUGAAGCUCAUAUUCACUAAGCUUUACUUGUACGUUCAUCCAAACUAAGUAUACUGUAUCUUUUAUGAUGGGUACAGUGCCAGACCCAGCAGCUUAUUGCUCAGUGCCUAAAUGCAAUAUCAUUAUGUAAAUUACAUGAAAUUAUGCAUUCCUUUUUUUUCUUACCAUAUCACUUACAAACAUACAGUAAAUAAAAAUAAUUAUUGAAAAUUUUGUAUAGAUUAUAAGGCACAGCAAGUCACAGAUAACCUACACUUAGAGCUAUGAUAAUGUUUAAGUCCAUCCUGGACCUUUGUGAAGUUACAACUUGGGUCCAUCCUGGACUAUUGUGAAGUUACAACUCAGGUCCAUCCUGGACCAUUGUAAAGUCACAACUCAGAUCCAUCCUGGAGCAUUGUAAAGUCACAACUCAGAUUCAUCCUGGACCAUUGCAAAGUCACAACUCAGGUCCAUCCUGGACCAUUGCAAAGUCACAACUCAGAUCCAUCCUGGACCAUUGCAAAGUCACAACUCAGGUCUAUCCUGGACUAUUGUAAAGUCACAACUCAGGUCCAUCCUGGACCAUUGUGAAGUUACAACUCAGGUCCCUCCUGGACCACUAUGAAGUUACAACUCAGGUCCAUCCUGGACAAUUAUGAAGUUACAACUCAGGUCCAUCCUUGACCAUUGUAAAGUCACAACUCAGGUCCAUCCUGUACCACUGUAAAGUCACAACUCUGCUUUUUUCUUGUAUAGUUGUGGCUUGACAAUGAAGUAGGAUGGAUUGAAAUGUCAUUAGAAGUUUCCACUUCUAAGUGCAGAUUGUUCAUGAAUUGUUCCAGCCAAGGUAUUAUAUGACUUACUGUUCAAGACAGUGUGACUUCUCUUAUCACCUGAAUAUUACCCUUCAUUAUCAUUAUUAAAAUAUGAAAUUACAGUGUAUUACACAUUUUUUUGUUUGUACCACAUCAUAAGGCAGUCAUUAGCAAGCAAAUGAAUAUAAUUUUUAUUAUACAGUAUAGAAUAUCUUAUACAGUACACUGUACAUAUAUAAAAAAAAAUGUACUACAGUAUGCAGGUAAGCAAAAUAAAAAUAUUGUAUGUAAACACACAGCUAAUUGUUAGUCACACAUGCAUGUUUAUUAUGAUGGGGAAAAAAUUGUCUGGGAGUGGCCAAUUUGGAUUCAUGCACUUGUAAAGUCAGCUUACACUUUUUUUCAUCUUAUUAAAUUCUUAACAAAAUAUGCUGAAAUGGCUACAACAAGUCUUGAAAAGGAAAUAAAUUAUGAUCUGUAUUAAAGCAAAACACUUACAGUACUGCAGAUAUAUCCAGUUGUCUUCAUAAUUACCAAUUAAGAGCAGUUGAAUAGGGAUAUCUAAUUUAUGGUGAUACAUACUUUAUAUUCAGGUAUCCCUGACUUGUAGGAUCACUACAUGAACAUUGGCUAUCAUGUGAUAUCCUGUAUUUAUCAGUAAUUCCAUAUAUUGAAUAUAAAUUUGACAUAAGCAGUCAAUAAGAUUUCCAAAAUGCAUUGAAGAUUCUCAUAAUGAGGAAUUAAGCAUUGAUGACCAGAUUGACCUUAUUACAGUUGCUGUGGGAAUUAAAUGCAUCUAACAAUUCACUCUUCUUCCUUUAUUGACAAACCAUCUUAGCUGUUUGUAGUCUCUUAUCACUUGUCAGGCUACAGUGAUGAUGAUGAUUAUUAUUAUUAUUAGAUCAGAUUAUCUCAUUCGAGGUCUGACUCUCCUUUUCAUGUCCUUCUGUUGUGUAACUAUUUAAUGGUCCAAAUAGGACUGAACAUCAUUGUAAGGAUCAGUCUCCUAUGCACAGGUAUCUGUGUAUACUUCUACUGUACUAUCAUCACUGUUUUGUUUAAGAUCUUAUUUGUUCCAUGACUAAUUAAAAUUUACAUACUAACUUUUUUUUGAAGAAACCCAUACAGAAAUUUUUAAUGUUUUAAAUUAAUGGACUUUUUAAUAAAUAUAGUGACUAAAAUUACUUAUUGUAGAUAAGAGCUUUGAAGUGUCUAAUACACUUUAAACAAACUCAAACAAUAGGAUCAGCAAUAAACAGAAAUAUGGCAAUAUAAUAUAUUGAAGAUUUGCUGCCCCUUUUAUCACCAUUUCUAAUUUCUAUCUUUAGAUAUCAAUAGCAUAGUUGUAUUAAGGUCAACCAUUUAAAAAAAUUAAUUUAUGUAUGGAAAUAUUUUUUGCUAUACUAUAUGUACAUGUAUAUACAGUUAGUGAUUAAUUUUUAACACAUCAGUCAUUUCUUAUCAAGGUAAAGUGACCGAAAGAAGAUGAAAACACAUUCACCUUCACUCAUUUAACAUAUUUUUUUUCGACGAACCAGCCGUAUUCCACCGAGGCAGGGUGACCUAAAAAGAGAAAUGAAAGUUUUUUUUUAAAUUUAGUAAUUUAUACAGAAGCAGGGGUUUCUAGCCCCUUGCUUCUGUCAAUCAUUUAACAUAAGUGAUCAUGAAUGUGCUUCCUUCUUUUGUGUGCCUAUUUUUGCAGAAGGAAAUGCCAAGGUAGUAAAAUAUUAAGUACGCUCAGUACUUUUGAUCCGUUUAUAUUUAUGCUCUGAUCCAUCAAAUAUUUUUUUUGACUGGUUAUGAAAAGUAUAACUGUAUAAUUGGAGACAUUAAAGGUCACUAUAAUUGACUGUUUUCAGUGUAGCACAUAAUACAGUAAUGUAUGUGUAAUAAUUUAGAUUUUGAAGUAAAUGUGAAAACCAAAUACUGUAUUUUAGAAAAUAAUUGUUAAUAAUGAUAAUCUUGACUCAUAUUUUUAAUAUUGUAAUACUCAGACAGCUUGCAUGUGUAUAUAUAUUUUAAAUGCAAUUAUAAAUGUGAAAGACUUUUAGAGAAAAAUUUUGUAUUAAAGUUAUUUCUCUUGCUGCAAAUCAGUUGAACUACUGAAAGGAGCACUGCUCAGAAUGAAGCGUGAAUACACUAUUUCUAAAAGUUAGUUUUUUAUGGGGUGUGGAAAUGCCAAAAAGUUGAAGUUAAUUGAAAUUUCUGAACACAAACUCAAGAAUGUAGUUAUAGUCUCCAUAUACAGAGCACACUAAGUAUGUUACAUACUCAAGCAGCCUUUACAUGUUAGCUGUAUAUUUUUUUAAAGGAUUGUAAAGAUUUCUAUAUCUAAUAUUCAUUCUGUGCUGCAGAAAGUAUACAGUAAACAGCAUUUUCACACAUUGAAAUGGAAGUAAAUGGAUUGGUACAUGUUCAUACAUGUUUAUAUGCAUACAUGCAUCUUGUAGAUUCUUGAUUCUUUUAAUUAAUAUUUGGAGUACAUAUUUGCAAUAUGUAUGAUUGCAGUUCCCUUUGCAGUUUAUUAAACAUAGGCUGAGUUUAGCCAACUUCAAAAAUGUUGUAUGUCAUUUAAUGUCAUUUGUAUCAUUAUGUGCCAAAAUGCCCAAGGCCAAUCAUGCAAAAAAUUAAUUUAUAUUGUAGCGAGUUGUUGUAUCCUCAGAUGUCAAUUUUUUAUUUUAAUUAGAAAUGUUAGAUUUUUGAAGUUGUUAAAUAUAUACAGAUGACUUAAA